CAUAGUCGAGGGUGCAAGCACCUGCGUACCCCACAUGGCGUGCACCUGACGGGUUCAGCCGGGAUUCGGCUUUGCGCCAUGAAGAAUGUCAAGGCGGCGAUGCGGGGAGCCCAGGAAACCCUGGGCUUCGACUCCCCGAGCUACAUGAAAGGCCUACAGGUGUUCAUCGCCGACAUCCGAAAUUGCCAGACCAAGGAGCAAGAGCAGCAGAGGGUCGAGAAGGAGCUUUCCAAGAUCCGCUUGAAGUUUGCCAAUCCCAAGUCGCUCUCUGGCUACGACAAGAAGAAGUACGUUUGGAAGCUGCUGUAUGCCUACAUGCUUGGCUACGAGAUUGACUUCGGACACUUUCAGGCAGUGGAGUUGUGCUCGGCUUCCAAAUUCAGUGAGAAAACUGCUGGGUACUUGGCCACUUCACUCCUCCUGGCCGACAACAACGACAUGGUGCGGAUGAUUGUGAACAGCGUCAAGACGGACAUGGCUUCGGGCAACGAGCACAUGGCGGCCUUGGCCCUCAACACCGUGGCCAACAUCGGAGGUCCUGAGUUUGCAGACAACUUGUUUGCGGACAUUUCCAAGAUGCUUCUGUCGCAGUCUGCGCUUUCGCCCUACAUCAAGCGGAAAGCCUGCAUUUGUCUCCUGAGAUUGUACCGCAAGGAGAACGACGGUCUACAACCCGAGGUCUGGCAGAAGAAGCUUGCGACCAUGUUCCUCGAGAGGGAUAUUGGCUUGCUAACGUCUGCGAGCGGCUUCAUGCUCGGAAUCCUGGAGAUGGGCAAGUUCCCGGUUCAGGCUUGGGCAGAAGUCGUGCCACCAGUCUGCGAGUGUCUGGCGGGCCUAGUCCAGGGUGAUUGCCCGGAAUACUACGAGUAUUACCGCGUACCUGCGCCAUGGCUGCAGACCAAGCUGCUGCGGAUCCUGCAAUUCUUUCCGGUGGUGAUGUUCGAUGCCGAGCUCCUGCAUCGGCUGAACGUGAUGCUGCAGACCAUCCUGGCCAAGCCAUCGUCGCAGCGAAGCCCUGCACCACCUCCAGGCCCAGGCAAGAAGAGGAGCAAGGUGGAUGCCGAGCGCCAGAAUCGCUCCAACGCUGAGCACGCCAUCCUCUUCGAGGCGAUGAACCUCAUGAUCCACCUGGAGGACACCGCCGACCCAGAGACGAUGCGCACGGCCGCGGGCCUCCUGGGGAUCUUUCUAUCCUCGACGGACCCCAACAUCAGGUACUUGGGUUUGGAGACCAUGGCUCGGCUGGCCACCAAUCUCUCUACCCAUGAAUACCUCGACAGGUACAAGAAUCAGAUCCUCGAUAAGAUGCAUGAAACGGACAUUUCCAUACGAAGACAGGCUCUCAAUCUCCUGUAUGCUCUUUGCAGGCCUGAGAAUUGGCAGCAGAUCGUAGAUGAGCUUUUGGAAAUCUUGGGUGCAAGCGACACCCUUUUGCAGGAGGAGUUGGUGUUGAAGAUAGCCAUCCUGGCUGAGAAGAAUGCCCCCAACUUCGGCUGGUAUGUGGAUGUGCCGCCUCUACUUGGCAUCAUACUUGGCUUGGGCGUUGGGGGUGUUCGGAGCCAGGUGGUCUUCAAGAUGCUGGAGAGCGCACCGGAUGCAGUUGCCGAUGACGUGUGGUAUCGAGUCGUGCAGGUUGUAACCGGCUUCGAAGAUGGCCUGGCAGAAUCAGAGAAGCAUGGCUUGCAAAGACACGCUGCUAGCAAGGCCUAUCAAAACCUCACAUCCCAGAGAGCUCCUCAUGACACUUUGCUCCGUCUUGGCGCGUAUCUCAUGGGAGAGUUUGGGCACCUGCUGCCGCAGAGCGUCAUGCCCCGAGCGAAGUUUGAGGCCCUGCACCGGCACUUCCAGAGAGGCUCCCAGCAGACGAAGGCCAUUGUCCUCUUGGCCUGCGUCAAGCUGCUGAACGCCAAUGAUGCGCUCAAGGGGGAUGUCGUGAGCUUCUUGAAGGAGAUCCAGGAC